CCUUCUCCUCCGUCCCCGUCCCAUCCUUUUAUUUCUGUCCCCGUUUGGCCGGAAAUUCCCUGAAAUUCCGUCCCUCGACGGAAGAGGAAGUCCUGUCCACAAACCAGAGGGACAGAGAGAAUCAGAAGAAGGGGGGAAGCAGGAAGAGAUUUCCGCGCGUUGUCGCCUCCCGCCAUGGCCGGUGUUGGCGAGCAGGCGAGGCCGUCGAGCGCGGCGACGGCCGAGGGCGCUUUGUCGUUCAUCUCGCGCGGGUGGCGGGAGGUGCGGGAUGGCGCCGGCGCCGACAUUCGGCUCAUGCGUGCCCGAGCGAGCUCCUUUCGCUCCCUUGCCUCCUCCUUUGAGGAGGAGCUCGAGAACCUCCUCACCCGGCCUCCCUCCGCCGUCAGCCUCGUCAAGCGGCUCGAGCCCAAGCUUUCUGAGUUUCGGCGGGCUUACUCCUCGCCGGAUUUCUCCGCCGGGGUUCUCGGUGGGUGGAGCCCCGGUUCCAGUGGAUUCGAUUUCUCUGGGCUGAGGAGCGCUCUCGGGGUGGAGGAUGAGAACGGACGCGCAAUCGUGGAGCUGGACGAGAGGCCGGUGAGGCGGAGGAGGGUGAGCUGGAAGGGCGAGGCAGAGGAAUCGUCGAAGGAGUGGGAGCCGAUCCGGCUGCUGAAGUUGCGGUUGAAGGAAUUUGAGCACAAGGCCUCCUCGAGUAAUCUUCGGGGGAUUGAACUCAUCGAGAAAUUUCGCAAGGGCUUGGAGACAAUCAACAAAGAUACUAGCAACUCAAAGGAAGUGGCUCCACUAGAUGUUUCUGAGCUUUUGGCAUAUUUGGUCAAACAGUCUGGCCCAAUAUUUGAUCAACUUGGUUUAAGACGCGAUAUGUGUGACAAGCUUGUGGAUGCCCUCCGCAGUAGACGAAAGGACCAACUUGUCCUGAACACUGUAUCAACAGGAGAACUGCCCAUUCUCUCUCAAGAAGAAAAUGAAAAAAUCAGUGAUGAACUUGAUUGUAGAGUUUCUAGUGUUCUACAAAGCACUGGAUAUUGCUAUGAUGGUGCGCUCUGGACAGAUGCCAUGAACAAAGAUACAGAUACACGAAAGCCACAUGUUGCAAUUGUUACGACUGCUAGCUUGCCUUGGAUGACAGGAACUGCAAUAAAUCCACUCUUCAGAGCAGCAUAUCUGGCAAAAUCAGCACAGCAAAAUGUUACAUUGUUGGUCCCUUGGCUCUGCAAAUCAGAUCAACAGUUGGUUUAUCCUGAUAAUUUAACGUUCAAUUCACCAAUAGAACAGGAAGCUUAUAUAAGGAAGUGGUUGGAGGCACGAAUUGGCUUUAAGGCAGAUUUUCAAAUAUCCUUUUAUCCAGGAAAGUUUCACAAGGAGAGGCGAAGCAUAAUCCCUGCAGGGGACACUUCUCAGUUCAUAUCAUCCCGGGAAGCAGAUAUUGCUAUUCUUGAAGAACCGGAACAUCUUAACUGGUACCAUCAUGGGAAGCGUUGGACUGAUAAAUUCAAUUAUGUAGUUGGGGUUGUUCACACUAAUUACUUGGAAUACAUCAAGAGGGAGAAGAAUGGUGCUCUUCAGGCUUUCUUCGUGAAACAUAUAAACAACUUGGUUGCAAGAGCAUACUGCAACAAGGUCCUUCGCCUUUCUGCAGCGACCCAGGACUUACCCAAGUCUGUCGUGUGCAAUGUCCAUGGUGUGAAUCCAAAGUUCUUAAAGGUUGGGGAGAAGCUGGCAGCUGAUAGAGAGCUUGGUCAGAAAGUUUUUUCUAAAGGAGCAUAUUUUUUGGGCAAGAUGGUUUGGGCUAAGGGCUAUAGGGAGCUGAUAGAUCUAUUAUCAAAACACAGAACUGAUCUUGAUGGUUUCAACUUGGAUGUUUAUGGUAAUGGAGAGGACUCCAAUGAAGUCCAGUCCACUGCACGGAGGCUCAAUUUGAAUAUGAACUUUCUCAAGGGAAGGGAUCACGCAGAUGACACACUCCAUGGGUACAAGAUCUUUAUCAACCCCAGCGUAAGUGAUGUUUUGUGCACAGCUACUGCGGAGGCACUUGCCAUGGGCAAAUUUGUGAUCUGUGCUGACCAUCCAUCGAACGAGUUCUUCAGAGCAUUUCCAAACUGCUUGACAUACAGAACUUCAGAAGAGUUUGUAGAGAGGGUGAAGGAAGCAAUGGCUAGAGAUCCUCUUCCACUUACUGCAGAGCAGAGGUAUAAUCUGUCGUGGGAAGCUGCUACUCAGAGAUUCAUUGAGUAUGCCGAGCUUGGUAAAUUUUUGAACAAUAGCGAGAAGUCUUCUUCAAGGAAGGGCCCAGGCAGGAUGACCAAGUCAAUCUCAAUGCCUAGCUUGUCAGACAUAGUUGAUGGUAGUCUAGCUUUCUCACAUUACUGCCUCACCGGCAAUGAGCUACUGAGGCUGUCCACCGGGGCUAUGCCCAAGACUAGGGACUAUAGUGAGGAGCACUGUAUGGAUUUGCAUCUACUGCCUCCUCAAGUGGAGAAUCCGAUCUAUGGAUGGUAGGCAAUUCCAGGAACGCUCUCUAGUUGUAUCAGUAAUAGGCCUUUCUUGUACAUAUAUUAUCUGCUCCACAUAUCAUCAUAGUUUGGUUCUUCUUACAUCGACUCUUUUGAGCUCUUCUCGUAAUGGGUAUAUAUAUUUCAUAGGGAGUAUUGGUUUUUCUGCA